AACCAAAGAGACUCUCUCUCUCUCUCUCUUAAGAAGACACUAAGCCUAGUCCACUGCUUUCUCCAAUGCAAAUGUCUUCUUCAGCUCCAACAUCGUUGUCUUUGUUAUUGUACUCUCUCUCUCUCUCUCUCCUUCUCUCUCUUUGUGGUCCUUGCUCUUUAUAACUCUUAUCACUUUCUUCGGUUUUUUGAUAUAUAGAUUCAAAUCUAGCUAACUACUUUGUCAAGUCCUUAUUCUCUUCAGCUUAAUUAUAAUAAACUCAGUUUUUAUUGCUAGCUUCCUCAUUGUAACUACUUACCUACAUCAUCUUCAUUCAUAUACACUUUUAUUAUUCUUACCAAACUACUACUACUACUACUACUAGUUUCAUUAACUAUAUAUUAUUAACAAGUUUUUACUAUACUAUAUAUAUAAUUCAAAAUCCCAAAAAGUAAAGUAGUAAGUAAUAAAAUCAUCGAUCAUCAUCAUCAUCAUCAUGUCUAGCCGAAGGUCGAGGCAAUCGGGUUCAUCUAGGAUUUCAGAUGACCAAAUACUUGAACUGGUUUCAAAGUUACGCCAACUUGUUCCUGAGAUUCGGAAUAGGCCCUCCGCUAAGGUAUCAGCAUCGAAGGUCCUACAAGAGACCUGUAAUUACAUAAGGAACUUAAACAGAGAAGUGGACGACCUAAGUGACCGUCUCUCCCAACUCUUGGCUACCAUUGAUGCUGAUAGUGCAGAGGCCUCAAUUAUUAGAAGCCUAGUUUCCCAAUAGAAAUUAUUAUAUUAAUUAAUAAUCAAACAAGAGAUCAUCAUCAUCAUCAACAUACCACGCCAUGCACUACUACCUUAUCAUCUUAUAAUUUAUAUAUAUAAUGUGUUUUUUAAUGUUUAUAUUUAGAUGAUCUCUUUGUUAUUUAUUGUUUGGCUAGGUUUUAUUAAUUAAUUAUAUGUAUUUAAAUGUUUUGGGGAUAUUAAUGUACCCUAUCAUCCAUUAUUACGAGGUUAUUUCAUAUUUUGUACUAAUAAGAAAAAAGGGUACUUGCACUAUCUAGCAAAUCCCUCAUAUAUAUGAAGAUAAUAUUAUUUAUAUGAGAAA